CAAACGCUAUUUCGGCUUCAAAACAAACACAAAGGAGGCGCAGGCGCAUUGUGCUGUUUAGCGGAUUGUUGCCCCAGAGACCAGGAAAAUGGCUAACCAGUGGGACUGACACUUAUCCAAUUUGUAGAACUUCUAGUUAUCCUGUGAAUUCUACUUUGUAACAAACAACAGCCAAGAUGCAGGCAGCGGCGAUGAUGGAAAGGAGACCAGAGGAAGUGGGGGAAAUCCUCGUCAAGGUACAGGAAGACCUGCGUCAGCUGAGGGACAGGCUGGUACACCAGGUGGGCCAUGGGGAAGGGCAGUAUGCAGAGGUCAUCGACCUCAAGGCACUGGAGAAUGCCAUAGAACGAACUGAGGCUGGAGUCAAGGGUCGAACACAUGAUGUCCUGCGGAUGAUCAACAACAGAGUACAGACUUUACCUGCAGUGGACUUCACUGGUGCCACACCACAACCUCGCUAUCCUGAGAUGGCCCCAUAUGAACAGUUUGACCCACGGUUAGGAGGCCAGUCCCAGCUGAUCAUCCGGCCGCCCAAGCGAGCCGACUCCAGACUACUGGCCCGCAGGCCUGUGGCCCAGCUCACCCAGCUGACCAGGGGUCUACAAGGAGGAGGGCCACUGACUGAGGCUCCUGGGCAAAUGACUAAGAUGGACAUGAGCAUGAAGGCAGUGGUGAACCCAGAGAAUACCCAGAACAGACAGGUGAUGAGUGACAGCUACGGCAUCCAGCUGCCGCUCAUCAACAAGAGGGAAACCAAACAGCCGUCACCAUCCAAGCUGAUGAAGGGCACCACAGUGGACCACCUGGCAGUACUGCCACGAGCCAACAGAGUGGACCCUCAGAUCCCCCCUCCCCCCAUCGCUGACCGAGACGCCAGGAAGGGGAUUCUCAGUCUGAUGGAGAGGGGUCUCAUCCCCCCUGCAGCCGAGCUCACCCUUGACCCCUCCCCUGUGAAACACCGUGUGGCUCCCCUCCACGACCCAGCGGAGAUGUUCCAGCCAAAGAAAGCAGGUGCCGACCCGACACUAGAUGGAAGAUUCAACCUUGCCCAAGUUAAGCUGGAUGUCUCAUCCAAUAAGUCCCUGGAUUCUAUGGACAUUAAGAAACCAGAGAAGACGCCCCAAACAGCAGACUCCAGGGUUACCAAGACACCACUUCAGGUCAAGACAUUCGAGGCUCAGCUGCAGCCAUUGCCACCACCCACCACUCCUGCCAGCACAGUCAACUUCAAGCGCAGUGGCCACAGGUUUGCUAUCCAGAAUGGUGGCAUCCGAGACACUGCGCCUGAUUUUGUGGCUUUCAGACAACACUAUGUGCUGUCAUGGGGCAGCAUCAUCACAGCCCUGGAGCACCUGUUGAGACUGCUGAGAGACUUUGCUGUGCCCCUGGCCUUCAUCAACGGAGACAAGCUGGCUGACCUGGCGCUGGAGUUUGAGCUGGAGAAAGCUCCUACCAGGGACAACCUGCUGUCUGUUAUAGUCAAUAGGGAUGAUGUGGAAGCCAUCCUUCGCAGACCUGGUCGGAGAUUCCUGGGCCCAGACGGUGAACAUGUGGCUGCUGCUAAGAUCCAGGCCAUGUGGAAGCGGUACACAGCGCGUAGCUCGUACGUGAGCUACCGACAGAGGAAGUGGGCAGCCGGGGUGAUCGCCAUCUCCUGGAUCAUGAACAUCAAGAUGGCCAAGAUCAGGAAACAGCUGAAGGAGACCAGGCUGUAUGAACUGGAGUCCUACAGGAGGAGGAGGAAGAUAUUUUCCGACUCUUGGGACAAGAUAAAGCAAUCCAGACGAACUAUCAUCCAUAUACCCUCCCUAGGCUAUAGCCAGACAGUCAGAGAUUCUAUCAAAGACUUUGGAAUCAAGCAGAACACACAGAUGUCAAGAUUAUGUGAUCUCAGGGAUCCUCAGGUGGAUGUAAUCUAUGUGUCUCCUGUGGAGAUGAGUGAAGAGAUGCUGCAGUACUACUCCAAACUGCUAGGGCUCAGACCUGCUGUAGAGUCUGGUGUGGUAGAGGACCAGUCUGACAUGCAAGAUAGAUACAAGAUUGUCGUUCCUGAGGCUUUUGACAAAUUUCCAAGUCAUUCCAUGUGUUUAGCCACCCAUCUGAAGUACAGUCCACAAGCUUUGCAAAGAAUAAGAAAUCUGAUCAAAGGGAAGGAAGCUUACAUUGUUCCAGGUGUCAUGCACAAGGAUGACCUGGCAGUCUCACAGAUCCUGGAUGUGCCUAUCCUGGGGAGUGAGCCUGAGGUGGGACAUCUCUACACCACCAAGUCUGGCUCCAAGAGGAUCUUUGCCAGUGCCAAGGUGGACACGCCCCCAGGGGAGUACGACAUCUACAGUCUCCAACAGCUGCACGAGUCGCUGGCCCUGCUGGUGACAGAGAACCUGAACGUGCGCAGGUGGCUGUUCAAGCUGGAUGAUGAGUACAUGGGGAGGGGGAUAGCCUACUGCAACGUGGUGGAACAUCUCAACUGUUACAAGUGGGCCAUCAAGGAGCAGCACAGAUACGGGGAGAAAUGGAGCAAGAAAUGGGCACAUGAGCCAGCUCUGAUUAAGAUCCAGGCAGAGAUCCCAGACAUCUUGGAUCAGUUCGGGGUUCCAGCAAACAGGAAAAGGUUUCCAACCUGGGACAAGUUCCUGGAGGCCUUCCUCAGUCAAGGAGGUAUAAUUGAAGCCUGCCCACCAUCAGAGAGUGUGACAACCCUGUCUGCUGACAUGGUGAUCGAGCCGACAGGGAAAAUCCGGAUGGUUGCCAAUGGUGACCAGAUCAAGGCGGAGGGUCCAUUUGUGAGCUGGGGCCUGUCUGUGCCGCAGUCUUCUGUUGAGCCUCAGGUACUGAAUGAGUGCUGUAUGAGAAUAGGAGAGUCUUGUCGGACCAGAGGGGUUCUGGGAUACUUCUCUGUGGACUUUGUCACCUUCAUUGACCCCAAAACUAUGGAACAGGUCCUGUGGGCUACAGACCUGAACCUGUCCUAUGGAGACUCCACUGGGAUGAGAGAGCUGAUGCUGUAUGUCACAUCUGGGACCUUCGAUGCUGAGAACUGUGUGAUCCAGGCUCCACCUCUGCCUAAGAAGGAGAAGAAGGAUGGGAGAAGAAGGAGAGGAGAUGAGGAAGAACAGCCGCCGAGCCCGCUGCCCCGGUAUGCAGUGAUGAGCACCCAGCUGCUGCACAGUAACCUGACUGUCAUCCACUACAGCGUCUUCUUCCAGAUGUGCAGGGCACACGGCAUCGGCUUUGACAUCAAGGAGAAACAGGGGACAGUCUUUACCCUGCUGGACAGCUUCAGGAGGGAACACAUUGGCAUGCUCACUGUUGGAGAAAGUCUCCAGGGGGCACUGGCCACAUUUGCUCGGAACAUGUCAGUCAUCCACCAGGAGAUCUCUGCACCCAACAUGCAGGGGGAGACCAACUUCAAGGCUGCCAUAACAGACAUUGAGGGCAUCCUGGGCACGACUAUCCAGAAUGUUGAGCGUGAGCAGCAGGAGGUUGAAGCUCAGGAGGAGGAGGAGGAGAAACAGCAGCAGCAGGGGCUGGGGGGGACAUGAACACAGCAGUGAACACAGCAGGGGCUGGGGGGCACAUGAACACAGCAGUGAACACAGCAGGGGCUGGGGGGCACGUGAACACAGCAGGGGCUGGGGGCACAUGAACACAGCGAAGGCUGGGGGGAAUGUGAUCGAAUACAUGAACACAGCGAGGGCUGGGGGGAAUGUGAACACGUGCACACAGCAGGGGCUGGGGGGAACAUGAACACAGCACGGCUUGUACAAAACAUGACAAGUGUAAAACAUAUUUUACUCAAAAGUGCAUUGAGAGAUGUACAAUGUACGUAUAUCAUUACUUUACAGAAUUUAGUGCCAUGGAUGUGAAAGCAAUAAGUGUAAUGCCAAGGUCGUUCUUUGUAAUAUAGCCAGCUGCCACCAUGCCGCAUGCUUGCAAAGCUGGUGUGUCAUGCUGAAAGACUAUGGCUAUAGAGAUGCAGAAAUUUACCAAACAAUGAUUGUAUUCCGAUUCUAUUCUUACUUUUUAUGAGGUGAAAAGUUUUAUUUCAUUAUGCUUUUUAUCAAUUUUGUUGCUUUAUUUGUACCUGUUGACAUGACAUUUGGGUACAUGCAUGCAUCUUUACUUUAUUUGAAAGACAUAUGUGGCUCAUUCCAAAAUAUAUUUUGUUGCAUUGGAUCCAAAACUGCUGAAUGCAUUUUUCUUUUUUUUCUUUUUUUUUUCUGUGCUCUUACCAAUAACAUUAUGGUUUGCAUGUGCAUGAAUUUAUGUUUGGUUUGAAAUGCUUGGAAAUGCUGAUUUUUGCAAAUUUUCUAAUAGCAUUAAUUAUACAUGUUGCUUUUCUCAAGUAUAGAGAAGUGCAAUUACAUGUAGAAAUUGAGGGUUUGAUAGCCCAUGUACUGGAAUCACAAGAGUUGUAAGAUAUUAGAACAGUGUUUUUAUAUGUAAAAAAAUAUUCAAUAUCUCAUAUCAAUAUUUUCACCGAUUAAAAGAUGAUUC